AGGAAGUCGGAUUCGGGCAGGCACCGUCCUCUGUUGUCUCCGUUUACCGACGGCUUCGAAUCGUCCGCACCUCUCGCCUUCGUCUCUUAUCUGUUUUCUAGGGUUCCGGUCAGCCAUGGCGGAUCGGGAGGCCGCUGGCGGAGACGACGACGACGACGUCGUACUUGCGUCCUUCCUCGAGUCCGAGAUCCUCUCCGGUGACCAGGAGGAGACGUCGGCGGCUAGGGCGUCGAAGAGGCCGCGCAUCGAGGAGGAGAGCUCGCGGCAGGAGAUUAGGAAUAACGCUUCCUGGCUGCCGCCGCCUCCUCCUCUUCGUCCUAGGCAGAUUGAAACGGGGAUCUUUAGCAAGAUACCGCCUGAGCUCUUCCAUCACAUCUUCAAGUUCCUCUCUUCCGAGGACCUUACUUCGUGUGCUCUCGUCUGUAAGUUCAUGAGUUUUGCGGCCUCAGAUGAGAGCCUCUGGCGCCGCCUGUAUUGCAUGCGAUGGGGUAUGGAUUCUUCAAAGGGGAAGUUUCGUGCAUGUGCUUGGAAGAAGCUAUAUAUUCAGCGUGAUCGAGAUGACAUGAAAGGAUUUGUAUGGAACACACCAUCGGAGUUUAGGGAGUACUACAUUCAAAUGCAGGCAGCAAAACGAAGCCAAGCACCUCUUCCAUCACAAGUUGAUGAUCGAGUUAUGCUUGAUAGAACAGUGGCUGAUCAAGUGUCCAUUUGGAAAAGCCGUAGAGGCUUAACUGAUGAUGCAGCAAUUGGUCAUAUCUGUUCUGGAAAUACAUGCUCUUACUCCCAUAUUGGAGAUGUAUUUAUCUGUGAGAGGACCGGUCGUGUGCAUGUCUGUGAUGAUGCUUGCCGAGAAGUUGUCGUGGAUCGUCAGUCUGGUGGGUUUGUAUGCACUAUAUCUGGUCACUGCUUUGAUAGAUUGCUCUCUCCUGAAGAGGAAUUAGUUACCUCUGAGAAUGAGCAACAGCAAGAUGGUGCGGUAGAUGAAGCAGAGCCUUUCAUGGGAUCCGGACGUUUUGCACGCGCAUAUCUGCUUGGUUACAAUUGUGAUGAUGAGAAGGAGCUGGAAGCUGCUUUGAAGUUUUGCUGAACAAGGAGAUUGAUCUGUAAUAUUCUGAAACCACAAGAAACUCGUUAUCUUAUUAGUUUGGAAUCAGGGUAAGGUCACACCCAUGAUGCAUGUAGGUUUAUGAUGUAGACCAGUAGGAUGGUCAAAAUCAAGAUAAAAGGAAUUGGCUUUACUGCAUGGUAUGUUGGAAUUUAAAAUUUUGAUAGGUUGAAUGACACUUAAUCGAUCGAUCAUUUAGUGUGAUAACUAUGGAUGCAUUGGAUAUCU